GCACGUGCUUCAUUCCAAGAUCAAGAUGGCAGCCUCUGUAUGUCGGUGUUACGAGUUGAUUGGCAGAAACACUGUGGCGCUCUGCGCUCGGUCUGUGGUCUCUACGCCGUGGAGAGGAGACGCUUACAGGUUACACAGGAGCCCAGCUGCAGCUGUACAGGUCCGAUAUGCUUCAGGACAGAAAGGUUUCCUGGGGGAGUUUGUUGAUAAUCUCCGUCAGGAGUUCAGUAAGAACCAGGAGAUGAAGGAAAACAUCAAGAAGUUUAGAGAAGAGGCCAGGAGGCUGGAGGACUCUGAUGCCCUUCAGCAGGCCCGUAGGAAAUAUAAAUCUAUAGAGGCUGAGACAGCAAAGACAUCAGAGGUGUUUAAGAAGACAUUGGGCUCUCUGUCAGAGACUGUCAAAGAGAGUCUUGAGGAGGUGAGUCGUACCAACAUUGGGAGGAAGAUCAAGGAAGGUGUGGAAGAAGCAGCCAGGACGGCCAAGCACUCUGCUGAGUCUGUGUCAAAGGGUGGAGAAAAACUGGGCCAAACCAACGCGUUCAGGACCAUCUCCCAGGGUGUGGAAUCCAUGAAGAAGGAGAUAGAUGUCGGAGAUGCCGGCGCUUACAGAGCCCCCGCUCAGCUGAGGAUGAGGAGCGACUUCGCCUUCAAAACUGCCGACUGCGACACCCGGGUGUUUGAAGCCAACGAAGUGGCUAUGGGUGUCAUUCUGCAUAAAGACUCAAAGUGGUACCAGCAGUGGAAGGACUUUAAGGACAAUAAUGCAGUUUUUAACAGUUUAUUUGCAAUGAAGAUGAAAUAUGAUGAGAGCGACAACGUGCUCGUCAGAGCAUCCCGAUUCAUGACCGACAAAGUCACGGACUUUUUAGGUGGACUUUUCUCAAAGACAGAAAUGUCUGAAGUUUUGACAGAAAUUACGAAGAUUGACCCCAAUUUUGACAAGGACUCUUUUCUUAAACAGUGCGAGAAGGAUAUUAUCCCUAACAUCCUGGAGGCUAUGAUUCGUGGAGAGCUGGACGUGUUAAAGGACUGGUGCUAUGAGGCUACUUACAGUCAGCUGGCGCACCCGAUCCAGCAGGCCAAGGCUCUGGGGCUUCUCUUUCAGUCUAAAGUCCUUGAUGUUGAUAACGUAGAUCUAGCAAUGGGGAAGAUGAUGGACCAGGGCCCGGUGCUGAUCAUCACCUUCCAGGCUCAGGUUGUCAUGGUGAUCCACGGUCCCAAAGGAGACAUCGUGGAGGGAGAUCCGGAUAAAGUGAUGAGGAUGACGUACGUCUGGGCCUUGUGCCGAGACCAGGAGGAGCUGAACCCCAAUGCAGCGUGGAGGCUGCUGGACAUCUCCGCCUCCAGCACCGAGCAGGUCCUCUGAGCUGGGGGUGAACUCAGACUGAUCCAGAGGGCAGCAGGUGGCGCUGCUCAUCAUGUCUGCUGUAUAUUACCCUCAGAGGGCAGAGGGAAACCUUGCUCCUCUGGACUGUUUGCACUCGUUCCCAUCRGGACAUUAAACACACCGACGGAGGUCAAAUAUAUGACACAUUUAUAGAAAUCUGUUUCCAGUUAGAUUAAUAUGUCACGCUGCUCCGCUCAGAAUUCACGACGACUAACUGUGAAUAAAGCACCUACGUGAAAACCAACAAAGCUGUGCAGUGUGACAAAAACAGUUUUUGUCACAGGAGUUGGACAAAGUGAAUGUGCAGCAGUUAUACCAGUAAUACCAUUCUAUGAAAACUAUAGAAAUCUGCUUUUGUUCAUUUUAACACAAGUACUGUAGGAAAAAGUAUUUAUGUUUAUAAAGGUGGAAAUGUUUGCCUGGUUCUUGGAUCAACAUGUGACCAGCUGURUUAAUGUUAAAAUUAAUUAAGUUGMGUCUGACAGCCUUAGASAUGUUAAAAGCAAACUGAUCCUAAAACCUGCUUCAUUUUUAUGUUUUUAUAUUUUCUCAAUGAAACAGUUCUCACAAAGACCAACAUGAGACGGUGAAGUGAGCCGAUGGGGUUCAAGUCUGAGUUAAACUGGGUUUUAUAAUGGCUGUAAUGUCUCAUCUUUUAGUUUUUACAUAAAACUGCUGGUUGAUUCAACUCCAAUCAAAUGCAAAAUGAGAUGAAUUUUUAAGAAUGAAACAAAACUGUAAAGAUUAUUUAUUUAAAAUCAUUCCUAUCAGUUCGUAGAAAGAGUGUUUUGUACGUGGCGAGAAACUGCAGAUGCUUUAUAUUUUGAAAUGCAUGUUUUUUCAUGUCUCUCCAUUCUGAGUCAGGUUUAGUUUUUCAUUUAUUCUUUAAACUCAUCUGUUUAUUAAAUGUGGCACCUGCUUUCUUUCAUUUAGGCAGCUUYAUUGUUGAAGCUUCAUGUUGCAGAUCAUUCACGUGUUUGUUUUAUGAACGUGGCUUUAGAGUGGGUAAAUGGUGACRAUAUAAACAAAAGUGAGUGUUAUAUGGACUGCAUCAUUGCAUUGACUGCUGUUGAUAUUAGUAAUGUGUAAACCACUGAUGAUACUAAACUAUACCUGACUUGUGUUAUUCUGUUUGGAGUCCUGAGUGUGUCCUUAAGAUGUGUGUCCAUCACUGUGUUGCUGCAGGACAGUUCUAUUACAGCAACUCCCAACUAAAAUAUGUUCCCAUGGCUGCAACACAUGCACCAGAUAAGAAAUCUUAAUUAUUUUGGAGCACUGGUUAAUCUCCCAGUUUGUACAAGGUGCAUUAGCUUUUGCAAUUAAUUAGGAACGCCAUCAAUUUCUUGAGCUGGAGGGAAUGGCUUUAUAAAUGACAACAGGUGAAAAAUAGUCAUGACUUUUCACAUUUUGUUGCAUCAGAAUGCUGGUCAGCAGGAAAGCGCACAGUUAUUAGUUUGUAUAAAUUGUCUUGCACUGUGUGCUCAAGCAGAAAUUGAAGCAUGGRUAUUGUGUAUUGAUGAACUAAUAAAUCAGUCUGUGUAAAGUUGA